GGCCCUCUGCUCCCCUUCCCCGCUCAGUCUCUCCACAGCCAUGAAGGUGAAGGUUUGCAUCGGCCUCAUCCUCACCAUCGCAGCCACCGCCUGCCUGUGCCGGCCAGCAGCAGAGGCCCCAGGUGCUGGGGGGGAUCCCCCCCGGUCCCCAGGCAGCCUGGUCCGGCGGGACUGGCCAGAGCCCCUGUCCCAGGAGCAGAAGCAUCUCAUCUCCAGGUUCCUGCCCCACAUCUUCACAGAGCUGAGUGACCACAAGGGCUACGAGGGGAUGGAGGAUCUGCACGACCUCUACUACCCCGACUGGAUGGACUUCGGCCGCCGCAGUGCUGAGGACUCGAUCGAUGCCGUGUAGCAGCCGCACUGUGCAGAGCACCAGCACACUCAGUGCACGUCCCUUCCUGCAAUAAAGCCUUGGCACUACA